AUGGACCCCAAGGGCCCGAGCAGCACCUUUAAACGGGCCUCCCUGAAACGCAGCGCAUCUGGCUCGCAGAAGGCUCAAAAAGCUUGGAUCGAGAGGAACUUUAACAAAAGAGAAUGUGUUCACAUCUUCCCCAGCAAGGACCCAACCAGAUGUGCCUGUGGUCAGCUAACCACACAGCACGCGGCCAUCCCUCCUGGUGCCAACUCAGUAGAAGAAUCGUACCAAUUGGUGCAGAUUGACACCCCAAAGGACAAAUGGAGUGUGGUCAAGCACACCAGGACCUACCCAACCGACGCCUUUGGCAUAAUCGAGUUCCAGGGCGGAGGAUUCAUCAACAAGGCCAUGUAUAUUCGAGUCACUUACGACACCAAGCCUGACAACCUCCUGCAUCUGAUGGUGAAGGACUGGCAGUUGGAGCUGCCCACUUUGCUCAUCUCUGUACACGGUGGUCUCCAGAACUUUGACCUUCAGCCCAAACUCAAGCAAGUGUUUGGCAAAGGCCUGAUAAAAGCUGCUGUCACCACCGGAGCGUGGAUCUUCACGGGCGGAGUCAACACAGGGGUGAUCCGACAUGUUGGAGAUGCCUUAAAGGACCAUUCCUCCAAGUCACGCGGUAAAGUGUGCGCAAUAGGAAUCGCACCGUGGGGGAUUUUGGAAAACAAAGAGGAUCUCAUAGGAAAAGAUGUGACUAGACCUUAUCAAACGAUGGGGAACCCACUAAGCAAGCUAGCUGUGCUCAACAACAGCCACUCCCACUUCAUCCUGACCGACAACGGCACCUGUGGAAAGUACGGCUCUGAGGUCAAACUCCGUCGACUGCUGGAGAAGCACAUCUCCCUUCAGAAGAUCAACACACGUUUGGGUCAGGGGGUUCCUCUGGUGUGUCUGAUAGUGGAAGGAGGUCCUAACGUAAUCUCCAUCGUUCUGGAGAGUCUGAGGGACGAUCCACCCAUCCCUGUGGUGGUGUGUGACGGCAGCGGCCGGGCUUCUGACAUCAUUUCGUUUGCACACAAGUUCUCAGAAGACGGAGGACUUGUUAAUGAUGACGUCAGAGAGCAACUUUUGGUGACUAUACAGAAGACCUUUAAUUAUAGCAAAAGCCAAUCCCAGCAGAUCCUGCUAAUGGUUAUGGAGUGUAUGAAGAAAAGGGAACUGGUGAGUAUCAGUAUGAAACCACCCAAAAUAAAAUAAAAAUAUUACCAUUAUUUCAUUACUAUUUUUACAUUUAUCUUGUGUUUAAAGAUGAUUGUGUCGAUCAAUAAAUACUGUGAGUUGUGAAGCA